GGUAAAGAAUCAGGUCUUACGCACCAAAGAAGAUUUAAUUGGAUUGCCUUUUUUCGAAGGAUUUUCGAUAUCACCUGAGAGUUGGCCAAUCAUCGUUUGAGGCUAGAAACAAAAACCAGAGAAGGCGGUGGUUGUAGGAAUUAGACUGCCCAACAUGGAUGUUGUGGCCGCAGUUUCCGGGUAUAUCUCUAAACUGGCAGCUUCAGGGGAGGGAGUGUCAGGAUCUUCUACGGCCAAGAUGAAAAUACUCCUUCUAGACGGCGAAACUGUUGGCGUGGUAUCAACCGCAAUAACGCAAUCUGCCCUUUUAAACCACGAGGUAUUCCUGAUUGACCGAUUAGACAAUCAAACGCGAGAGAAAAUGAGACAUCUUCGUUGUCUCUGCUUCGUCCGUCCUUCGCCGGACUCCAUACAGUUCCUGAUCGAGGAGUUUCGCGACCCAAAAUAUGGCGAAUAUAACAUAUACUUUAGCAAUAUCAUUCGAAAGUCAUCUUUGGAACGGCUAGCUGAGGCUGACGACCAUGAGGUAGUAAGGACAGUUCAGGAAGUUUUUGCAGACUACAUCGUGAUCAACCCAGACCUUUUCACCCUAAAUCUUGGUUUUCCGAAGCAUCGAAUAUGGAGCACCGGCCCGGAAAUAUGGCACCCGGAUUCUCUUCAGCGUUCGAUUGAAGGCCUAAUUGCGCUCCUCCUGUCACUGAAAAAGAGACCAUUGAUAAGAUAUGACAAAACGAGUCUUUUGGCUAAGAAGUUGGCAUCUGAAGUGCGAUAUCAGAUAACGCAGGAGGAUCAGCUUUUCGACUUCCGGAAGAUUGACACGCCUCCAAUUUUGUUGAUUCUGGAUCGUAGGACCGACCCUGUAACACCCUUAUUGACCCAAUGGACAUAUCAGGCCAUGGUUCAUGAACUACUGGGGAUACAGAAUGGGCGCGUCGAUCUCAGUGAUGUUCCAGAUAUCCGACCCGAACUCAAGGAGAUAGUAUUAUCUCAAGACCAAGAUCCUUUUUUUAAGAAGAAUAUGUAUCUCAACUUUGGCGACCUUGGAGGCAACAUUAAAGACUACGUCGAGCAGUAUCAGUCGAAAACAAAGAGCAAUAUGAAUAUCGAGUCAAUCACGGAUAUGAAACGGUUCGUGGAAGAUUAUCCCGAAUUCAGGAAGCUCUCCGGAAAUGUUAGCAAACAUGUCACCCUAGUCGGCGAGCUAAGCAGAAGAGUCAACGAAGAUACUCUGCUUGACGUCAGUGAGUUGGAGCAAAGCUUGGCAUGCAAUGAUAACCACAACAAUGAUUUGAAGACCAUUCAGCAACUCAUUCAAUCUCCAAAUGUCACACCAGACAGCAAACUUCGCAUAGUGGCGCUUUAUUCGCUUCGCUAUGAGCGGCAUACUUCCAAUGCCAUUCCUAUGCUACUGGAUCUUCUUUCCGCCGCAGCAAACCUUCCCCGUCGCCAGAUCGACAUCAUACCUCAAUUGCUUCAAUACCACCACUCUCUUCAAAUGGCUGCCGUUGGAGGGAUGUCAGAUCUCUUCGAGUCCGGAUCGAUCUUCUCAGGGGCGCGCGAUCGAUUUAAAGGGCUGAAAGGAGUGGAAAAUGUCUACACGCAGCAUUCACCCAGGCUAGAGCAUACGCUCCAAAACCUUAUUAAAGGACGACUACGUGAACAGCAGUAUCCAUUCGUGGAGGGCGGUGGCACUACGCGCGACAAGCCACAAGAUAUUGUCGUAUUCAUUAUCGGCGGUGCGACAUAUGAGGAGGCAAAACUCGUGGCCCAGGUGAAUGCAAGCUCUCCCGGCAUCAGGGUGGUAUUAGGAGGCACGACCAUACAUAACAGCUCGACCUUUCUUGAGGAGGUGGAGAAUGCCGUGAGUGGUUGGCCUGAAUCUUCCGCGCACUUAUGGAAGUCAUUCCAAAGACACCUCGCCACGGUGUCAAACGGGACGAGAUCCUAUGAUGUUGUAGUCAUCGGUGGCGGUCAUGCCGGGACCGAAGCCAGUGCUGCCGCCGCUCGAUCAGGCGCUCGAACAGCCCUUGUGACGCCGAAAUUGGACAAUCUCGGCGUAUGUUCCUGUAAUCCUAGCUUUGGCGGGAUCGGCAAAGGGACAAUGAUUCGAGAGAUUGAUGCAUUGGAUGGAGUUGCUGGCCGUAUAGUGGAUAAAGCUGGGGUUCAAUUUCGUGUCUUGAAUCGGAAGAAAGGUCCAGCGGUUUGGGGGCCCCGUGCUCAGAUUGACCGAUCAUUGUACAAGAAGUACAUGAAAGAGGAGAUGCUCGCAUACAAAAACUUAUCCGUGGUAGAAGGGAGCGUGGCCGAUAUCAUUGUCAACAGAGAUGGAUUACUUGGGCCUGGAAGACACGGCAAGAUCGCAGGCGUGCGACUCGAAAACGGAGAAGUUAUUGCCACCGAACAUGUGGUUAUCACGACUGGCACUUUCCUAGGCGGAGAAAUCCAUAUUGGUCUCGAUGUUUUCCCGUCUGGCAGAAUGGGCGAGGCAGCCACAUUUGGGCUCAGCAAAUCCCUCAAAGAUGCCGGAUUUCAGCUUGGCCGCCUUAAGACCGGAACACCACCUCGAUUGGACGGCAAAACAAUCGACUUCAAAAUUUUAGAAACCCAGCCUGGCGAUGAACCUCCUAUGCCAUUCAGCUAUCUUAAUGACACAGUCAGCGUUAAAGAUCAGCUGAACUGCUAUAGCACCCACACCAAUGAGGCGACCCAUGAGAUAAUUCGAGCAAACCUUGACAAGACCAUUCACAUUCGUGAGACGGUAAAAGGGCCACGAUAUUGUCCGUCGUUGGAAUCGAAGAUUAUCCGUUUCAGAGAAAAGACGCAACACCUGGUUUGGCUAGAGCCGGAAGGGUUUGACACGGAUGUCAUCUACCCGAAUGGCAUCUCCAUGACCGUACCAGUGGAGGCACAAGAAGCCAUGCUCAAAACCAUAAAAGGCCUGGAAAACGUCACAAUGCUUCAGCCCGGAUAUGGUGUGGAAUACGACUACGUUGAUCCUCGAAAUCUUCGCGCAACGCUCGAGACGAAACCUAUUGAGGGGCUUUUCCUUGCAGGUCAGAUCAAUGGCACGACAGGUUACGAGGAGGCAGCAGCGCAAGGUAUCAUUGCUGGCAUUAACGCCGGUCUGUCUUCGCAGUCGAAGCCCCAGCUGUCAUUAAAGCGAAGUGACGGAUACAUUGGUAUCAUGAUUGAUGACUUAAUAACAAAGGGCGUAUCCGAGCCCUACCGCAUGUUCACAUCGCGCAGCGAAUACCGUAUGAGUGCUCGCGCGGACAACGCUGACCUGAGGCUUACGGCCAAAGGUCGCGCCGCAGGCAUUGUGGGCGACAAGCGGUGGUCGCACUUUCAGGAUUCUGUCGAGGAGAUGGACGCUCUCAAAACGGUUCUGGAAGAGACGAGAUCAUCUUCCGCUGGCUGGAUUGACCGUGGCUUCCGAGUCCAUCAAGACUCGGUCAGACGCUCAGCUUUCGAUCUCUUACGCACAACCGGUGUCACUUUGGACAUUCUUGCCGCCCAUGUCCCUGCCAUCUCCACAUUUUCUACUGCUACUCGUAAUCGCGUAGCCAUUGAAGGCGUAUAUGCGCCCUAUGUUGAGCAGCAGAAGCAAGCCAUCAACGUCUUCCUCAAAGACGAACACCUUCGCUUGCCCGCCGAUCUAGAUUACGAUAGCAUCCAUGGCCUCUCCAUGGAAGAACGCCAUCUUCUCAAAGCUACUAGGCCCGAAUCUGUCGGCCAGGCUAGGAGAAUUGAGGGUAUGACACCUUCUGGUGCUUUGCGACUACUGGCAUACGUCCGAAGUGGCCGAAAAGCGGCUGAUAAGGCCGCUGCAAUUGAGGAGAUAAAGGCCCGGAAACUUGCAUACGCCGGCCUCUAAUUAUACUUUGACAUAUUCCUUUGGCGUAUUCGGGGGCGCAUUCAGGCAAAUAGACUUGGAGCGGCGUUUUGAGUUCGAACGGGAACGCAUUUUGCAAGACAUGGUUGAUGCCUCGGUCACUUUAAAAACUAAGGAGUUUAUUUGGUAGCCGUUACAUUCUAAGAUAGAGAUUUGCAUUCUCACAUUAGCGCCAGGUUAUGGGAAGGUGGACUUGUAUGUAAUUUAUUCCCCAAAUAUUUAAUCGGAAUGGACACUGUCUAGCUCUCCGAGCCAGGUGGCGCAGUCACAUGUAUCAGGUAGCACCACAAAACAGAAUGCUAUUGACUCUUUAUGCACUUUACGCAAACGUUCAAAUGGGGUAUGCGCUGCUCACUUUCUAUCCGAAGCUUGUUUCGUAUCCUUUGAUGCUUUAGCCCUUGCAAUUCUCUCCUCUGUCUCUUCCGGCGUC